AACGCCCUCUUAAUGGUUCCCUUUUUACAAGACCAAACUCCCCAAUUCUGCCUUGCUACGUAUCAUACGCCCGCCGUGGCAGCAAUUUCCCCCCACUUUGGUGCGUCCCUGCUUUGAACGAAAGAAGUAAAUAUGGACAACAAGGCCGGAGCUUCGAGUUCGGAAAUAGAAGUGACCUGGGGCGACCAACAGAAAAUUAACCAAUUCAGCAGACUAAACACUCGUUUCCAUGAGCUGGAAGAUGAAAUCAAAGUUGCUAAGGAAAAAAAUGAAAAUCUUGAAGAUGCGAGCAACGAGUUGAUUCUCACUGAUGAGGAGGUAGUGCGUUUUCAGAUAGGAGAGGUUUUUGCGCAUGUGGCGAAGGAAGAAGUUGAGAGCAAGAUAGAGGACAUGAAAGUGGUUACUAGUAAGAGUCUGGAGAAACUAUUGGAAGAGAAGGAGGCGAUGGUUGCCCAGAUGGCCGGGUUGAAAAAGGAACUGUAUGCGAAAUUCAAGGAUUUCAUCAAUCUUGAAGAGGAUUGAUGAAAUGACAUAGUUACUAAUAUUGCACUUCGUUGUGCCCUCCACAAAUUUACAUGUCAUUUGAUGGGGGCAGGGGGUGGGGGGAUCCCUUCACAUUUGUUUUUUUUAUUCAUAUUAUAAGGAUUUUGCCUGCCUGUGAAAUUUUCAGUGCUCCAUUUUGUUUGGAUUUGUUAUUGCUAUCACAAAUUCACAAGCUGUACGUCCUGUUUGAUUGUACGUCCCGUUUGAUUUUGAUUACUUGAUGUCUAUGUUUAAUGUAUUCCAACUUCCAAGGACCUAAUAUUUUAGAAGAUGUACAAAAUAAUGUAGAGAAGUAGAAGCAAGGG